GUGCACAUGUUGGCACAUAACAAGUAUUGCUGCCCGAGAAACUCUACCGAUUGUCGGAGAGAAGCUUUGAUUUGUUCCAAGUUUGGGAAAAGCAUCUGAGCCAGAUCGUCAGACCUCGUCUGAGAUGACGUCCUACGAAGUUUGUUCAGGAACAGACAUCGUAGUAGCCACUCUACCCGGUUCAUGGGAACACCAUGUGAGAUACAACACCGUAACGCGCCCUCGAAAGAUCUCUCCCCAAAGGCAGGCAAUGCCCUGGCCAGAUGUCUCAAUUGUAUUGCUGGAUUUCUCAAGUCUUUGAAGUAUUCCACAUUCUUCCAUUCUGCGAAUUGAAUCCAUGGAGGAACCUUUAUUUGAGAGAGAAGUGCUGGCUCCUUAUCGCACUCUUGCGCUUUGAAAAGAAGAGAAUACAUGUUUGUGUAUUGUAUCUCGCUCCAUUCGCUCUGUCCUGCAAGUUUGAAAUCAUCUUGUGCCCUAUUUUGAGGUUGUAUUGCGCUGGCAACACUAAUAAGGAUAUCGCCUUGCGCCGAAGACAUACUUGGAACAUAUUCGCUGAAGAAUGCGCUCAUGGAAGCUGUAAAGAGGCUUAUUUGUAAGCGUAUCAAGCUCUCGCUUUGCACUCGCGAGGAUGUGAUUAUGCGGCGACUUUGCAACAACUCGCUCGUUUGUCAGAGGUUUGCCCAGACAGUGUAUACAGGCUAGAGAGACGUCAAAGAUAUUUUCAAUCUGCCAGAGAUCUGGCCUGUGUUAUCUUUGGAAGUCCCAACGUGCUGAAACCGCUAGCUCAGCUUGCACUCAGCAGGAAGCCAUCGACAGAUCUAGCUAAAGAGGGCUGUUUUUCUACGAUAAUCGAAGCACUUGCAAGCUUCAGCGUGAACGCCAGUCCAGGCAGCUACAGGAGAAGUGGGGUGUCGGAACCGACUGAUG